AUGGCCACCACCAACGGCGACGGCGUGUCCAGCGACGGCAUGCCCGGCGGAUCCGACAACGACAAGACGGACCGGGCCAGCUCCAUCGACACGUCGGUCACCGCAGACAACGGCAAUGGCAACGGCAACGGCAAGCGCGGCGACGAACGUCGCUUCUCCCUCUCCGGCGCCGGCAACCUCUCGCUCGCCGACGUCGAGGCCGUCGAGGUGCGCAUCCGCAGCCUCUCCGUCUCGGUCAACACGUCGCCGUCAUGGCUCGAGCCGACCACCUACCCGGAGCUGUUCGCUGGCGGCUUCAAGACGACGCCGCGCAUCAAGGGCCUGCUGCACGCCGUCGACGCCGACCUCCAGCCCGGCACCCUCACGGCCAUCAUCGGCGGCAGCGGGUCCGGCAAGACGACGCUGCUCAACACCAUGGCCGAGCGGGUGAGCAGCUCGCGCCUCAGCGAGGCCGGCGUCACGACCUUCAACGGCGUGCCCGGCGUGCACGGCGUGCGACACGCAUACGUCAUGCAGCAGGACGUCCUGCUGCCCACGCUGACGGUCCGCGAGACGCUGCAGUACUCGGCCGACCUGCGCCUCCCGCCGUCCACGUCGGCGCGUGACCGCCACCGCGUCGUCGACGAGGUCAUCCGCGAGCUGGGCCUCAAGGAGUGCGCCGACACGCGCAUCGGCAACACGCAGCACCGCGGGUGCUCCGGCGGCGAGAAGCGUCGCGUCAGCAUCGGCGUCCAGCUGCUGGCCAACCCGUCGGUGCUGUUCCUCGACGAGCCGACGACGGGGCUCGAUGCCACGAGCGCGUUUCAGCUGGUGCGCACGCUCAAGGCGCUCGCGCGCAAGGGGCGCACCGUCAUCACCACGAUCCACCAGCCGCGCUCUGAGAUCUGGGAUCUCUUUGACAACCUCAUCGUGCUGUCGCGCGGGUGUCCCGUGUACUCGGGCUCCAUCCCGGACUGCCUCCCCUGGUUUCGCGGGCAGGGGUUUCCUCUGCCGCCGUUUGUCAACCCGGCGGAGCACGUCAUUGACAUUGCGGCGGUCGACAACCGCACGCCAGAGCUGGAGCAGGAGAGCAGCGCACGGGUCGAGGCCCUUAAGGCGGCAUGGCGGGAGGAGAGCGCGCACCGCUUCGAGCCGUUGCCCGCGGCGGCUGAUCGUGGACACCGCAGGCGCAAGUCGGACGCGGAAAAGCACGCCAGCUUCGGGCGACAAGUGCGCGUCCUGACGGACCGGACGCUCAAGGUGACGUACCGCGACCCGCUGGGCAUGGCGGCGUCCAUCAUGGAGGCCAUCCUCAUGGGCAUCGUGACGGGGUACCUCUUCUUCGACCUCGGGCGCGACCAGGCAGGCAUCCGCUCCCGCGAGGGCGGCCUUUACACCGCCGCCGGGCUGCAGGGCUACCUCAUCCUCAUCUUCGAAGUCUACCGCAUGACGAUUGACAUUCCCACCUUUGACCGCGAGUCGUCCGAGGGCUGCGUCGACUCGCUUCCCUUUGUGCUCUCGCGCCGGCUCGCCCGCUUGCCGACCGAGGACGUGCCCGUGCCGUUCCUCUUCGCCGUCCUCGUGUACUUUAUGGCCGGCUUCGACCGCGACGUGAGGAAGUUCUUUGUCUUUUUCGCGGUGACGCUCGUGAACCAGUACGUCGCCGUGACGUGCGCCAUGGUCUGCGUCACGGCCGUGAGGCACUUUGCCGGGGCCAGUCUCAUCGCGAACCUCGUGUACACGCUGCAGAGCAUUGCGUGCGGCAUGUUUAUCCAGGUCAACACGAUACCAGUGUACGUUCGGUGGCUGAAAUGGAUCACUUAUACAUUCUACGCCUUUGGGGCCUACGCCGGCAACGAGUUCCAGGGCAGCUUCUACGACUGCCCCGAGCCCGGCGGGCCGGCGAACCCGGCUUGCACGCAGUACACGGGCGAGUACGUCAUGGAAUCGCUCGGCUUCCCGACCGACUGGGUCGCGCGGCCCAUCAUCAUCCUCGUGUGCUUCGUCGUCUUGUUCUGCGCCAUGUCCGCGCUGGGGCUGCGCUUCCUCAAGGUCGAGAUGACGAUUGCCCGCUCCCGCUCGUCGGACACGGAUCUGUCGGCCGGCAAGGAGAAGAUGACGGCGCGGUCCAUCGCCGAGGUGCGCGCCAUCGACCUCGGCCUCGACGGCUUUGCGCUCGCGCUGGACAAGCGCGCCGUCUCCGGCAAGAGGCUCCCGCGCAAGACGAUCCUCGAGCCCGUGGACGCGACGUUCCAAGCUGGCGUGCUGAAUGUCAUCAUGGGCCCGUCGGGCAGCGGCAAGACGUCGCUGCUCAACGCCAUGGCCCUGCGGCUGCGCAACUCCAUCGGCACCAAGUACCGCCCCUCGGGCAAGCUGUCGUUUAACGGCGCCGUGCCCUCCGACUCGGUCAUCCGCUCCGUGUGCUCUUACGUGUGCCAAGACGACGACGCGCUGCUCCCGUCGCUGACGGUCCGCGAGACGCUGCGCUUCGCUGCCGGCCUGCGGUUGCCAUCUUUCAUGAGUAGCGAGGAAAAGUAUCGUCGCGCGGAAGAGGUGCUCCUCAAGAUGGGCCUCAAGGACUGCGCCAACAACCUCAUCGGCAGCGACAUGAUCAAGGGCAUAUCAGGGGGUGAGAAGCGCCGCGUAUCCAUCGCCGUGCAGGUUCUUACGGACCCGCGCAUACUGCUGCUCGACGAGCCGACCUCGGGCCUCGACGCCUUCACCGCGAGCUCCAUCAUGGAGGUGCUGCAGGGACUCGCCAACGAAGGGCGCACGCUCAUCCUGACGAUCCACCAGGCGCGGUCGGAUCUCUUUAAGCAUUUCGGAAACGUGCUGCUCCUGGCGCGCGGGGGUGCGCCCGUCUACGCAGGUCCGGCGCGCGACAUGCUGCCCUACUUUGGGCGGUUCGGAUAUGAAUGCCCGACGCACACGAACCCGGCCGACUUUGCGCUCGACAUGAUCACCAUCGACCUGCAGCAGGACGACCGCGAGGCAGAGAGCCGCGAGCGCGUGCAGAAGCUGAUUGCGCAGUGGAACGAAGGCGCGGGCGAGGGGCCGGCAGAGAAGAUUGUUGAGCGUCUGCCUGAGAUUCAGGAGGCGGAGGAGCCGGACGAGAAGCCAUCGCCGGCGCUGGAAACGGGCGAAAAGGCACCUGCCAUGCUCGACGACACCGUCAGACCCAACAAGCCGGCAUCCCCCCGUCGGUCGUUCAACAAGGCCAGCCUCUCCACGCCCGCCGAGCUGGGCGCCCUCGUCCGCAAGCGCGCCCCCUUGCACGUCGCGCUGCCGCUGCUCCUGCGCCGCGCGGCCAUCAACACGCGCCGGCAGCCGCAGCUGGUCCUCGCGCGGACGAUGCAGGUGGUGGGUCUGGCGGCGGUAUUUGCGCUCUUCUUCGCGCCGCUGGGCAACGACUUCUACUCGGUGCAGAACCGCAUGGGCUUCGUGCAGGAGCUGGGCGCCUUUUACUUUGUGGGCAUGCUGCAAAACGUGGCCGUGUACCCGAGCGAGCGGGACGUGUUUUACCGCGAGGACGACGACGGCGUGUACGGCGUGGACGCGUUCCUCGCGAGCUACACCAUCCUCGAGGUGCCGUUUGAGAUCCUCAGCUGCCUCGUGUUCGGCGUGCUGGCCGCCAUCGCGGUGGGCCUGCCGCGCACGGCGACCAUGUACUUUGUGUGCGUCUUUGCCUGCUUCGGCGUGGUGUCGUGCGGCGAGAGCCUGGGCAUCAUGUUCAACACGCUGUUUGGGCACACGGGCUUCGCCGUCAACAUCAUGGGCAUCUUCCUGUCCGUGGCCAACGGCAUGGCCGGCGUCCUGUCCAUCGACAUGCCGCCGCUGUUCCGCGCCGUCAACUACCUCUCGCCGAUCCGCUACGCGACGCGUGCCGUGGCGCCGUACUCGCUCCGCGGCGUCAAGUUUACGUGCACGGCCGCGCAGCGCCUGCCCGACGGGAGCUGUCCCAUCUACACGGGCGAGGAGGUCCUGUCGCUGUACAAGUUUGACGAGGACCCGGUCGUCAACGUGGCGGCCAUGGCGGCCUGCGUCGUCGUGUACCGCCUGCUGGCAUGGCUGCUGCUCAAGCUGAUGAGGGCGCGCUGGAGGGACAAGAAGGCCAAGGACAAGCAGGGCGGCAAGUAG